GAAUCUGUUCUUCGCGGUCGGCUUUGUGAUCGCCGAACGCACUCUAUAUAUACCGAGCACUGGCUUCUCAUUGCUGGUCGCCUACGGCUUCGUUAGGAUCGAGAAUCACUUCCAACGCCGACAUAUGUUUAAGAAUUGUCUGUUGAUUAUGUUUUCGGUGACCAUUGGUUUGUUUUGCCUCAAGACUCAGUUCCGGAACAACGACUGGAGCGACGAGUUGUCGCUCUUCUCGUCGGCCAUUAAAGUGAACGCAAAUAACGCCAAACUAUACAACAAUGUCGGACACCAUUACGAAAGGCUCAAAGACUUUGACACAGCCUUACAGUACUUCCAGAAGGCGUCCGAACUGCAGACCGACGACUUGGGCUCUCAGAUCAAUAUCGCCCGAACUCUCAUCAAUUUGGGUCAACACUCCAGAGCCGAACGCAUGCUCUGGAAACUCAAACCCAAAGUCAAACUCUCGGCCAUUAAUAACCGAAUUAUUCCCAAUUAUCUCAAUCUGUGGAUCAAUUUGGCGAACAUUAUCGUCAAGAAUGAGACCAGACUUUCGGAGGCGGAAAAUUUAUACAAAGAGCUAAUAGGGAUGCGUUCGGACUUCGUUGAGGCCUAUAUUAAUUUGGGAGACAUUCUCAUACGUCAGUCCAAACUGACCGAAGCGGUCGACGUUUACCGCAGAGGCCUAUCGUUGGCCCAAACAGACAGAAGAGCCGAUUUGUACUUUAAUUUAGGUGUCGUUCACUCAAUGCUAUUGAAGGCUAACGCCGAUGAAAUGGACAGCAAUCGGACCGAAAACGUGUUAUUAAUCGCCGAAUACUUCCAGAAUUCAACGCUAUUUAAUAGCAAUCAUAAGGAAUCGAUCGUUAAUUUGGCGAUUCUUCUGCAACAAUACGAACCAAUUCUGCGUCCAUUCAAAAAAACAUUGAUCCGCACAAUGAAGAGCUAUUCGGGCGCCGAUCCGGAACUCGUGUACUUCAAUCUGGCGCUACUCCUGUCCGACGCGGGCGACAAC